GGCCCAAGUGUAAACAAACGGUUCAGGGAAACGCUUUCCAACACCAUCUCGAGGAGCAGGUUAUUAGUGCGUGUGUUCGUUUUUUUUUAAGUAAAAAGGGGGAGAAGAUUGACCAUUGGAUAAUCUUUAGCAGGUCAUGAAGGUGAAGAUUAAAUCCUGGACGGGAGUGGCUACAUGGCGGUGGGUGGCUAAUGAUGACAGUUGUGGCAUUUGUAGGAUGCCCUUUGAUGGAUGCUGCUCAGAUUGUAGGUUGCCAGGUGAUGACUGCCCACUAGUGUGGGGCCAGUGCUCUCACUGUUUCCAUAUUCACUGCAUUAUGAAGUGGCUUCAAUCUCAACAGCUUCACCAGCAGUGUCCAAUGUGUCGGCAAGAGUGGAAGUUUAAAGAAUAACUUUAAAAUACUUUAUAUUUUGUUUACUGUUUCAAGACUCAUAAGUUGUGGGAGGAGUAAAUUUGAUGAUUUGAAAGAUAUGGGUCACUCAAAGCAUAGGGACUCGUCAUCUGAGUCAUUGGAGGAAAAACAUAGAAGGAAACACAAAAAAAAGCAUAGGGACUCACCGUCUGAGUCAUCGGAAGAAGAACGCAGCAGAAAACACAAAAAAAGGCAUUGGGACUCGUCGUCUAAAUCUUUGGAGGAAGAACGUAGAAGAAGACACAAAAAAAGGCAUAGGGACUCAUCAUCUGAGUCUUCGGAGGAAGAGCGCAGAAGAAAACACAAAAAAAAGCAAAGAAAAAAAAGUAAGAAGCACUACAAGAGAGAUUCAUCAAGGGAGAGGGACAGGAAGAGGACCAGAUCAUCCUCAGAAUCAAGAGAAGAAUCAAGCUUAGGGAGUUAUCAUCAGAGCAUAAAAAGACAUAAGAGAUCCAGGUCAAGAAUGAGAUCCUCAUCAGAAGAAUCAGUUCCAUUCAACAAAAAGGAUGAAAUAAAGGUGAAGAAAGAAUACGAAGAACGGGAGGCACUAAAGCUGUCCUCCGAUUAUAACAGAAAAUCUGAAGUUAAGGAUACUGUAGCUCAGCGUUGUGGUGAUGAAGUCCCUGGCUCUUCAGUCAAACAUGAGAAAAAUAAAAUUACAAGUUCAGAUUCAGAGGAUGAUCUAAUGUUUGAAUGGGAGCACUAUCGAUAUGAGAUUAAUCAGAUAUUCUCAAAUGACGACAUUAUCAAAAGAGGAACAACUGAAUAUGAUGAUUUUUGGAAAUUUCUGAAAAAAUACCAAGGUCUCCAAAAACAAAAAACAAUAAGACAGAUGUGUGGAAAUAAGCAGUACAGAGAGGAAACAGGGGCAGGUGAAGUAAGUAGUGUUUACAGAGUUCCUCAGCAUUUUGAUAAAAGAUACAAUAUCAAUUUUGCUCUUACUGUAACUACUGAUGAUUUUCAAAGAAGACUUCCCAUUAGAGAUUUAGAUGAAGAUAAGCCAAGUCUGUCAAGAAAGAGAUUAACAGAACUCAAGUUCAUUAUAUUGCUUUAUUUAGAUUUUCUGCAGAAACAGAGGUUUGAAAAGCUGAAAAAAUUGAGGGAAACGCAGGCUAACCUUCCAAUUUCAAAUUAUAAAGAGGAAAUAAUUUCAAAAGUUUCAUCAAACAAUGUUGUAAUUAUAGCUGGUGACACAGGUUGUGGUAAGUCUACCCAAGUGCCACAAUAUCUGCUUGCAGCAGGUUAUUCUAACAUUGCAUGCACUCAGCCACGUCGUAUAGCAUGCAUAUCAUUGUCAAAGCGUGUAGCAUAUGAAACAUUAAAUGAGUUUGGCUCAAAGGUUGGUUAUCAGAUAAGAUUUGAAAAGAAUAAGACGGAACAUACAAAAAUAGUUUUUUUGACAGAGGGACUUCUUCUCAGACAAGUGGCCAGUGAUCCACUGCUCUCAAUGUAUGAUGUAAUGAUUCUUGAUGAGAUUCAUGAAAGGCAUCUUCAUACAGACUUUCUCUUGGGUGUUAUCAAAUGCCUUGUAAUGCAGCGAGAAGACAUAAAGGUUGUUCUAAUGUCAGCUACAAUAAACCUUGAUCUCUUUAGGAAUUACUUCAUGGGGAAGGCUCCUGUUGUCCAAGUUCCGGGUAGACUUUAUCCCAUCAAACUGCAGUACUUUCCUAUCCCCGUGAUUGAGCAGGCAAGUAAGAGUGAGAAGCUGAAUCCAGCACCUUAUGUAAGAAUUUUACAGCUCAUUGACAAGAAGUAUCCAGAUGAUGAACGAGGUGAUUUGCUGAUUUUCCUCAGUGGCAUGAGUGAAAUAUCAACAGUUGUUGAAGCUGUUAAGCUUUAUGGUCAGCAGACUGGUAAAUGGAUUGUGCUACCUUUACACAGUACUCUGUCAGUAUCAGAACAAGAAAAGGUGUUUGAUGUGCCUCCAGAAGGAAUUAGAAAGUGUAUUGUCUCCACCAAUAUUGCUGAGACCUCUGUAACAAUAGAUGGUGUACGAUUUGUUAUUGAUUCUGGCAAAGUUAAAGAAAUGAGUUUUGAUGCACAGUCAAAAAUGAGAAAGUUAAAGGAAUUUUGGAUAAGUCAGGCCUCUGCUGAACAGAGAAAAGGUCGAGCAGGUAGAACAGGACCGGGCACUUGUUUCCGACUGUACACAGACCAAGAGUAUUCUCAGUUCUCCCAAUACAGUACCCCAGAGAUCCAGCGUGUCCCGCUAGACUCAUUGGUCUUGCAGAUGAUAUCCAUGGGCCUCCCCAAUGUUCGGCUCUUCCCAUUCAUUGAGCCUCCUGCCCAAGAACAGUUGGAGAAUGCAGUUCAGUCACUGAAAGCUCAUGCUGCCAUCACCGAAGCUGAAGGAGUAACGACUAUUGGAAACCUUCUCUCACAGCUUCCCAUGGACAUCAGCCUUGGGAAGAUGCUGAUAAUGGGAUCUCUUUUCCAUCAGGUCGAACCAGUUCUCUCUCUGGCUGCAGCAAUGAGCGUGCAGAGUCCCUUCACCAACCGAGCUCGCAGGGAUCCUGAUUGUGAGGCCUUUAUCAAAACUCUUCAGUCAGACCAUGGUGACCCUUUCACUCUUCUGGCCUUAUACAGAGAAUGGCUGUACAUCAAGCAGAAUGGACACGAGAAUUCAAGAAAAUGGUGCAAGAGACGAGGGUUGGAAGAACAGAGAUUCUACGAAAUGACAAAGUUACGCCAUCAGUUUUUACAGCUUCUACAAGAGUCAGGCUUACAAGAAGUUGCUGGUUGUGCUCGUGCCCCAUUGACAAGUGCUGAAAGAGCUCAGAGAAGUGGUCACUUGCGUCAGCUUCACGAUCUUAAAAGAGAGUUGUACAAAGAUGGCCCGAGGAAGGUGAAAGUACUGAAAGUGUCUCAUGGGGAAGAAGUUGUUAGUGAUGAAGAAGAUAACCGAACAGACAUAAAAGAUGUUGAUUUCAGGAUCAAAAAUGACCAGAAGCGACUCUCUGAGAUUUACCGAAGUUGCAAAAUACAUACACUGAAGGAUAUUAUCAUGAUGAAAAUUAUAAUAUGUAGUGGACUCUAUCCCAAUGUAGCAAUUGCAGAUGAACAUAAUAAUUAUAAGCCUGGGAGUGAACAGCUAUUUCACACCUUUGCAAAGCCCUUUACUGUUCUGCAUCCAAACAGUGUUUUUUCUAGCCAGCCGGAAGUUCUCCAGAUUGCUGAUUCUGAUAUAAUUGAAUAUCCUGGAUUUAGUCUACGAAAUCCUCUAUGCUCAAAGCACCAGUUUUUAGUGUAUGUUUCUUUGUUGGAGACAAACAAACCCUAUCUAGUUGAUUCAGUGCGAGUUCCUUCAGCUCAGGUGGUGUUGUUAUUUGCACAAAGCAUUGAUACAAAUGCAGAUAUGACUGUUAUAGCUUUUGAUAAUUUCAUUGAAUUAAAAUUUCCAGAUGCAAUGUCUGCUCAGAAUCUUCUUUUCCAAGCUGUUCAGUUACGUACUAAGUGGAAAUAUUUGUUGGACUUGAGAAUACAGAUUUCUAAACCUUCAAUUGACAAUCGGGAUCGGUUGAUUACUGAUGCUAAUAAACUAGAAAAGGACCUUUCUGUUGGAUUAAUUGAUUUCUUCUUAACUGAUGCACUAUAUGCAAAGAGAAGACUUCUUGCUGCAGAUCUAGCAGUGCUCCAUGUGGGACCUGGGUCAGGAGACUGUAUCUUGAGUGGGAAUCCAUUUAGUAAGGAUGCAAGUGAACCAUGCCAAGCAAACAAUACCAAGGGUGGGGUGGAUCUCACAGAAUACCUCACUUACAACAGCCUCUUUGAUACAGAAUGUAGUGUCACCACCAUCACUUCUUAUGAUACAGUCUGUCCUUACUGUGACAAGGAAUUGCAUGUUACAACUUUAGGGCGUUUGUCACACAUGUCACUUUGCUUGGAGGGCUUACUCCAGUCUUCUGAAAAUGUGGACGCGGAAGAAGAAAACAAAGGUGAUGAUCCAACGAAGAAGAAAUUCUAUUGCGAAGUUUGCCAACACACCCUGUGGUUAGGUAUUAAGGACAUUUUCAAACACAAGAAAAUUUGUAAAUAGAUGCAAGUUGUGUAAGUGUCUUGUUUUUAUUUUUCAUGAUUGGAAGAGAAUAUAUUGUGAAAUUCAUGUUGUUGUGACUAGAUUUUUUAAAAUGAAAAUUUUACCUGUUCAAGUAUGAGAAUUGCAUAUUAGGGUAUAUAUGCUUUGUUUAUGAUUAUGUAAAAAAUAAGGUUUUCAUUUUCUGAACUCAAUGUUUUUAUACAAAUAUAACAAGGAAUAGAGAAAC